UUUUAGUCCCCCCCAAAACAGCACAUCAUGGCUGACAUUGAAGUCGAGAGCUCUGCAAUGGAGCAGGACGAGUACGACUCGCUCCCAACCACCAGCGACGACAACGGGCGCGAAGGCGGUCCCCAACGCUCGACCGAGGGCUGGGUCGUGAUGGUCACUGGACUGCACGAAGAGGCUGCCAAGGACGCCAUCAACGACAAGUUCUCAGAAGCUGGCCAUGUCCGCAAGGUUGUGCUCGAGUACGAUCGCCGGACAGGCUUCAACAAGGGUUACGCGCUGAUCGAGUAUAACGAGAUGAGCGAGGCACAGACCGCGAUCGAGGAGCUCAACGGCACCUCGUACCUCGAUCAGACUAUUGGCGUUGACUGGGCGUUCGUUCGCCCGCCAGCUGGCGCUCGAUCGUCGCGACGAGGCGGCCGUGGUGACCGAGAAUAAUAAAAUGCGUCGCGUUUGCUGUUGUCUGAUCUGUUGCUUUGUUGGUUGGCGAAAAACGUCCAUUAAAACACUCUAAGCAAAAAA